UUAAGCCACCCAUAGAAUAAUAGACACGUUUUUUAAAAUCUAAUAACCUAUACCGUUCAAGAUGGAGUAAACUUGUCCUUAAAACAAUAUAAGAAGUAACUUUUGAGAAAAUUGUUGUUGAAUUCCGAGGCACUGUAGUUUACAAUUCUAACUUUGAUUGAGUGGGUCUCUGUCAAUGCCUGUUAUUUGUGGAUGUUAAAUUUUUGUGACUACAAUUUUCCACCCUUUCUUGUACUCCAUGUCGACAUUGGAAAAAAUGGUCUACCAUUUCUUGUACUCCAUAUAGAAGGUUGAAUUACUGUUGAUGCAUGGAAGUGUCCUUACUCCUUACGCAACAAAUAAGAAGACAUCACCACCUUCCGUCUUCAUCAACAAGAAGCACUCAAACAGGGUUAUCGGACUCGCAAUGGUAUGUACAAGAUUGAUGACUCUUCUUCUCAUAUUUUAUUGUUCUUGUACCAUAGAAUUUUCCACUGCCAUAGACACAAUUACAUCAACUCAACUCAUCAAUGACCCUGAAGCUAUAGUCUCCAAUGGUACUGCCACCUUCAAACUGGGAUUUUUUAGCCCAGUUAAUUCUACUAACCGGUAUGUUGGUAUAUGGUACAACCACAUCUCUGCCAAGGCUGUGGUAUGGGUUGCCAAUAGAGAGAAACCUCUGAAUGACUCUUCCGGUACACUGACAAUAUCCGAGGAUGGCAAUUUUGUGGUCUUGGAUGGACAGAAACAGAUUGUUUGGUCAUCAGAUGUUCCAAAUUCUUCGGCGAAUUCAAGUGCUCUCCUUUUAGAUUCUAGGAACCUUAUCCUACAAGAUGACUCGAAUGGAAAUAUUAUAUGGGAGAGUUUUGAACACCCUUCUGAUUCUUUCUUGGAAGGGAUGAAAAUUAGUACCAAAAAGUUCACAGAUAAGAAGACUCAGCUGACCUCAUGGAAAAGCCCUUCAGAUCCAUCCAAUGGAAGGUUCACUUUGGGCAUCAAUGCUCAGAAUAUUCUAGAAGUGUAUAUAUGGAAUGGUAGUCAUCCAUACUGGAGGGCCGGUCCAUGGAAUGGGCAGGUUUUUAUUGGCAUACCUGAAAUGAUUUCGUUGUACAUUAGCAGAUAUGAUGUUGUAGAGGAUAAAGAAGGUAACGUAUACAUAAGUUAUUCUUAUGCAAAAGAGUCUCCACUGUUAUAUAUGACCUUAAGUUCCGAUGGAUAUCUAAUAGAGAAGAACAAGAGUUGGGAAAAUCUGUGGUGGGCUCCAGAUACUGAAUGUGAUGUUUAUGGCAAGUGUGGUCCAUUUGGGAGCUGCAAUGUGCAUGGCUCGCCAAUUUGCACCUGUUUACGUGGGUUUGAUCCAAAGGAUAUGGAGGAAUGGAGUAGAGGAAAUUGGAGCAGUGGAUGUGAAAGGAGGAGACAAUUGCAGCGUGAGAGAAACAAUAGUGAUGGUGGUGAAAUGGGCAAAGAUGAUGGGUUUUUGAAGCUAAAGACGGUGAAAGUGCCCGCCUUUGCUGAGUUGUCACUUGCUGCUCAAGAUAACUGCGAAAGCCAGUGCUUGAAGAAUUGUUCAUGUAUAGCUUAUACAUAUUGUAGUGGCAUUGGUUGUAUGCAGUGGAGUGGAGACUUAAUUGACAUACAGGAAUUUUCCUAUGGAGGAUCAGAUCUUUACAUUCGCGUUGCAUAUUCAGAGCUUGGUAACAAAAAGAGGAGCACAAAAGUAGUUAUCACAAUUGCGGUGCUCAUAGGGUCAUUAACAAUUGCAAUCUGUAUCUAUCUUUCUUGGAGGUGGAUGGCUAGACCACCAGGAAGGAAGAAUAAGUUGGAGAAGUUAUUAUUUAAAAGAGGUGGAGUGAAUCUAGAUUGUUCAAAUGAAAGCAUUCUUGGAAAGAAUCUGAAUCGAAUUGAUCUUGAAGAGCUACCUCUUUUCAGUUUUCAGAAACUAGCAAUUGCAACAGACAAUUUUGAUGUGGCCAAUAAGCUCGGGCAAGGUGGUUUUGGUCCAGUGUACAAGGGAAAAUUGUCAAGCGGACAAGAUAUAGCUGUCAAACGGCUUUCAAAAUUCUCUGGACAAGGGCUGGAGGAGUUUAUGAAUGAGGUUUUGGCAAUUUCCCAACUCCAACAUCGCAAUCUUGUUAGACUUCUUGGCUGCUGUGAGGAAGGAGAAGAAAAGAUGUUAAUCCACGAAUACAUGCCAAAUAAAAGCUUGGAUGGAUUUCUCUUUGAUCCAAUCAAGCAAAAACUCCUAGAUUGGAGAAAACGCAGCAACAUUAUUGAAGGGAUUGCUCAAGGACUACUUUACCUUCACAGAGAUUCCAGAUUAAAGAUUAUCCAUAGAGAUUUAAAGACAAGUAAUGUUCUGUUGGAUGUAAAUCUAAAUCCAAAAAUUUCAGAUUUCGGCAUAGCAAAGAUUUUUGGAGACAACCAGGACCAAGCAAACACUAGAAGGGUUGUUGGAACAUACGGUUAUAUGGCCCCUGAAUAUGCAAUGCGAGGAAGAUUCUCAGAAAAAUCUGAUGUCUUUAGCUUUGGAGUAUUGUUGUUAGAGAUUGUAAGUGGGCAAAAGAACUCUAACUUUUAUCAUGAUAAGCACUCUUUAAGCCUUCUAGGAUUUGUAAGUUCACUUGAACUAUUGCCUCAAUUACUCCAUAUAGUUCCUUUUAAUUUUUCUAAUUUCAACAUUUCAUGGUUGUGUUAUUAUGUUCAGGCGUGGAAGUUGUGGAAUGAGAAUAGGAUUGAAAUGCUAAUAGAUCCAACAAUUUCUGAUCCAUGCUUUUAUGUAGAGAUCUUGAGACACAUACAUGUAGGACUGUUGUGUGUGCAAGAUCUUGCUACUGAUAGGCCAACUAUGUCUACUGUUCUUUUCAUGCUUAGUAGUGAAAUUGCAAAUCUUCCAACUCCAAAACAACCUGCAUUUACCGAAAUGCUAGGACUCUCAAAUAAACGAUCUUCUCAACAAACCCGAAGGAAGUUUUCUGUAAACAAUGUAACACUCACAACCAUUGACGGCCGUUAG